GCUACCCCGCCCUCCCACUCAGUUGUCACCAGGGUUUGGGUUUAAGAGCCUUCGGCUGCUUUUGCUGAUUGCAAAGCUGGUUUAUUACAAUUAUCAGUCUUGUAUUUGUACGGACAGCAACAUCAACAUAAAUUUUGAACCAAGGCAAACUGCUACAGAUGCCUUCAAGCAUGUACUGCGAGACUUCGAUAUUAAUGUAUACUAAGUCUGAACGGCAUUAGUCGGUCCUUCACAGCGUUAAAGUUCCAAAGAUUUCCAUUCUCUACGGGCAAAAUGAUAACCGGUCCUAUGCUGCUUUAAAAUUUAGAAAUUAACUUGCUUCUUGGAGUUUAAGGCAUGGAAUCACCAACUAAAGAAAUCGAAGAGUUUGAGAGCAACUCUCUCAAAUACCUGCAACCAGAGCAAAUAGAGAAAAUAUGGCUGCGGCUUAGGGGACUGAGAAAGUAUAAGAAAACCUCCCAGAGGUUGCGAUGUUUGGUCAAACAGUUGGAACGCGGUGAAACUUCUGUUGUAGAUCUGAAAAAGAAUUUGGAAUAUGCAGCUUCAGUGCUUGAGACAGUGUACAUUGAUGAGACACGACGCCUGCUGGAUACAGAAGAUGAACUCAGCGACAUCCAGUCUGACUCUAUUCCCUCAGAGGUCCGAGACUGGUUGGCCUCCACUUUUACAAGACAAAUGGGAAUGAUGCUGAAAAGAACAGAAGAGAAGCCAAGAUUCCGCAGCAUUGUCCAUGCAGUACAGGCUGGGAUAUUUGUUGAAAGAAUGUACCGACGUACUUCAAAUAUGGUUGGACUAAGCUACCCUCCUUCAGUCAUUGAAGUGUUAAAGAAUAUAGAUAAAUGGACCUUCAAUGUAUUUGCACUGAAUGAGGCCAGUGGAGAACACACACUUAGAUUUGUUGUUUAUGAACUUUUCACCAGAUACGAUCUCAUUAGUCGUUUCAAGAUUCCCAUUUCCUCCCUUGUGUCAUUAAUUGAAGCUCUGGAAGUUGGAUAUACAAAAUACAGAAAUCCCUAUCACAAUCUACUACAUGCAGCAGAUGUUACACAGACCGUCCAUUCUCUUCUGCUGAGAACUGGUGUUGUGCACUGGAUGACAGAACUGGAAAUAUUUGCCAUGAUAUUUGCAGCUGCUAUUCAUGAUUAUGAACAUACUGGAACUACAAACAAUUUCCAUAUUCAGACCAGAUCUGAUUCAGCCAUUCUAUACAAUGACCGAGCUGUACUGGAGAGUCAUCAUGUAAGUGCAGCUUACCGUCUGCUGCAGGAAGAUGAGGAGAUGAACAUCCUAUUCAAUCUGUCCAACGAUGACUGGAGGGAAUUUCGGACGCUGGUAAUUGAAAUGGUCUUAGCAACUGAUAUGUCUUGCCACUUUCAACAAAUCAAAGCUAUGAAAAAUUCCUUGCUACAGCCAGAGGGGAUUGAUAAACCAAAGGCCCUGUCACUUUUGCUGCACACAGCUGACAUCAGCCAUCCUGCUAAAACUUGGGACAUGCACUAUCGCUGGACAAUGGCAUUGUUGGAGGAAUUCUUCAGACAGGGUGACAAAGAGGCCGAAUUGGGGCUUCCAUUCUCUCCGCUCUGUGAUCGUAAUUCAACUAUGGUGGCUCAGUCCCAAAUGGGUUUUAUUGAUUUUAUCGUGGAGCCAACGUUUUCUGUGCUGACUGAUAUGUCUGAAAAGAUUGUAACUCCCCUUAUCGAUGAGGCAUCCCGCCCUGGUGCUAGUGGAUUUCGACGACGCAGUCUGAAUAGUAUUCCAUCCACUGAUGUGAAACAUUCAAAGCUGAAGCAUACAGGGGCUGAAGGAUGUUCCUCAAUAAAUUCUUCCCUACUUACUGUGGAUGUGAAGAACUUUAAAAGUAGCUGGAAUGAAAUAUUACAACAAAACCGUGAGAAAUGGAAGGCACUGCAUGCAAAAGAUGCUGAAGAAAAAGCAAAAAGAGAAGCUGCAGAAAUGGCCGAACAAGAGUCCAAGGAAGUACCAAAGAAUGAAAAUACAGAACAACAUCAUGUUAAUAAAGAACAAACAGUUGAACAGAAAGAGAGCAGUGAUGAAGAAAAACACACAAAAAGUCAUAUUGCCAAUAUUAAUCCUGUUCAUAACACCAAUAAAGAUGCCAAGUCGAAUGAGGAAGAAAGCCAUUGUGAAACAGAGGAAAGUGCUGAAAACGAAACUUCUGAACGCAAGUCACAGCAUAUACAGAAUUGUGAGGUAAGAAAUGUCAAUGGUAAAUCAGAACAACACAAGGAUUCCAGUGGGGGAAGUGGCCAGUUGGAAACAAAAGGUGCAGACGUGCAGCCUGGCACUGGAAACUAGUUCCCUCGUGCUUGCUUAGAUCCUUCAUUUUUUUUCUACAAAGUUCGGCUCACAGAUAAAGGCUUGAACUGUGUUUCAAGUAUUGUCUCUUCCCAUUGACAAUUUAAAAAGGACUAAUGACUAAAGACACUGGUUUUUCAUUUUAACAUGUUCAUCAUUUUUUGUUUAACAUUGCAUUGUUUUUGGAGAGGUAAAAACAUUGAAUGCAAGAAUAGUUCUCUAUGUUUUUAUUUUUAAAUCUGGGCCCUAAUUCUCCCAUAGUAAUAGCUGAUGUUUUAGUGGAAGUAAAAUUAUACGAUAAAUAAAGUAACAUCAUAGUAAAAGCUGUCAAGGCCUGGAGCACUAGAGUUAUCUCACUUACCUCACCAAUCCACCCUCCUGUUCUCUGCUCCUCUCUCCUCUUCUCAGAAAAUACCUAUUUUACUGAGAGGUAGUUUAUCUCCCCUAAAUAUCUAUCUAUGUGAUCUGAUGUCUCAUUUCAUCUGAUAACAUUUCUACGAAAUAUUUUAGAACAUUUCGCUAUGUUAAAAGCAUCAGAUAAAUAAAUGUUGAUGUCCAUAUACAUUAUUUUCUAGAGCCAACACACUAACUUUCAAUCUCUUCUGGACCCUCUCCAAAGCCUCCACAUACUUCCUAUAGUGUGGUGAGCAGAACUGCAGACAACACUCCAAAUGUGGCCUAACUGAAGUCUUAUACAAGUGCAACAUGACUUCCCAGUUUUCAUAUUCAAUGCUCCAACCAAUGAAGGCAAGCAUACUGUAUGAUUUCUUUCCCACCCCUAUCCGCUUGUGUUGCCACUUUCAGGGAGCUAUGGACUUGCACCCCAAGGUCCCUCUGUAUGUCAAUGCUCCUGAGGAUCCUGCCAUUUACUGUGUACUUUCCCUUUACAUUUGACUUCCCAAAAUUGUCCAGAUCACACUUGUCCAAAUUAAGCUCCAUCUGCCAUUUCUCCACCCAAAUUUCCAGCUGAUCAAUGUCAUGUUAUAUCCUUUGACAACCUUACUCACUAUCCACAACUUCACUAAUUUUCAUGUCAUCUACAAACUUACUAAUCAAUCUACUGACAUUUACAUCCAAAUAAUUUAUAUAUACUACAAACAACAGAGGUCCCAACACUGAUUCCUCUGUAACACCACUGGUUACAAACCUCCAGUCAUAAAAACACUCCUUCAUCGCUACCCUCUGUCUUCCAUGACCAAGCCAAUUUUGUAUCCAACUUCCCAACUCACGGUGGAUCCCAUGUGACUUACUCUUCUGGCACCUAUCAAAUGCUGUACUAAAGUCUACGUACACUCAUCAAUCAUCUUUGUCACCUCCUCAAAAAACUCAAUCAAAUUUGUGAGACAGGACCUCCACCUGCACAAAGCCAUAUCCCCAAUAUGUCCAUGCUUUUUCAAAUAGGAAUAAAUCCUAGAAUAGCACCAUGCUACUUGAGCUUUGAUGGCUUUGCACUCAUGCAAGUAAAAGAAAUGUUUUCCAUCGCACUCCUAAUGUGCUUUAUCAAUGGUGAAACUAGCAUUCAGUUUUUUCUAGCUAGAGUAAUUAUAUGUCCAUUCUAGUUAGGUUUCAGCUCAGUGAUGAGUACAGGAUGUUGAUUAGAACAGAUUUAGGAAUGAAGAGAUACUUAGAAUUCCUCAUUGGCUGGCGAUUGAGUGGCAAAAGAAUUACUUGCUACUUUUCAUGGGCACUGAAGGAGGCCAUUCAGCCCAUAUAGUCCAUGCAGUUCUCUGUCAAGGAAUCCAGUCAGCUCCGUUCCCCUACUCUUUCCCCAUGGCCCUUCAAAUCCAUUUCCUCAAGUGCCUAUCUAAUUUAUUUUGAAUCAUUGAAUGUCUCAGCUUCCAUCACCCUCUUAGGCAGUGAAGUCCAUGUUGUUAUCAGUCACUGUGCAAAAAAAAGUUGCUCCUUCAUCCCCCCCCCCCAUUCAUUUUAUUUAUGAAGCCUAAAAUCUCAUGUACUUUGCUAACUAUGCUCUGAAUAAGUCUGCCACCUUCAAAGAUCUAUGCACAUAAUCUCAUUUUUAAUAUUAGAUUGAGCAACGGUGCGUCUUUAUCUUCAUUUUCUUCUUGCUCUUCACAAAAAACUAAGUAUAUGUGGCAAUGACAGACUGCUUAGAUCAAGAACACUCAACCAAGUUCUUGACAUGCACAUCUAAGGCAUUUUCUAAAAGAUUCAGUGAAAAAGUGCAAUAAUCCAAAUUAGUAAUGACAUUGCUCUCUUUUUGCAUUGCUCUCUGCAUUUUUCUGUAAAACGAAAUUUUUUAUUUUUCUCAAUCAUUAUGGAAAAUCACAAUUUUCUUGGACUUAAUUCCUUGAAUGCCUGUCAUUGGAUAAGUUGGCUAGGAAAGCAGUCACUUAGCUAAUUGAUACACACACCUUUUUCUCAAUGCACAAUGCAACCCUUUUAUUUCAAACUCUUGAUUGAUUCUAGUUUCCCCAAUACACAGCAAUUCUGUGCCUGAAAGGAUCCAGAAAUGCGGGUUGUCUUAGUCACCCAUCCAAUUCGUAGCUUGGCGCUAUGCAUCAUGUAAUCGGUUACAGUGUCGGUCUGUCAUUUGCCAAGGGUGCUUGAUAACAUGUAGCAUGUUGUCCGUAUAAAUUGUCAAUGUUAACCACUAUAUGUUAUCUACCAUAAUAUUCUAAACAGUAACUGCAGAUGAUUAACUAGAACUACAUUACACAACAUAUGUUUCAAGACAGUAAGAUUUGCCAUUAACUGCUGAUUAGUGUCCACCACCACUAUGAUGUACAAAUGAUCUGCUUACCUUGUUCAUCUGUCCCUUCCAGCUGUGUACUUUAGAUGAAUGAAAUGACUAACUUCUGGUACCAGAGCAGGGAGACCGUUUUCAAGACCCUUCUGUUUUUGUCCAUCAUUUGGUAAACACUUAAAAUGCUAAACUGGAAAGAACACAGAAGCCAGCAGUAGAUAAUCAGAAGAAACAAGAUUUUAGUUGGUUCCACACACAAUCAACUUAGUUCAUGCAUUCUACUGUUCAAUGUAUGGAUCAGAAUGGCUGAACCUUAUAAAUAUUAUUUGUGGGCUCAAUGGAAUCAAAAGUAAAAGUAAUUUUUGAAAUCAUACUCAUUGAAGACUUUAGUGAAGAAGACAUGCUCCUUGUUAAAACACACAGUCGUUACCUGUGGUGGAAUAUAGUUGGCAUAAAUUAUAGGCACAGAAAUUCUAUCAAGUAACACAACAUUUAUGUGCACUACUUGGUCAGGGAUUUAGCACAUUAAUCCCAACAUUAGUGACUUUGCUUCUGGGUUCUCCAUCCUUCUGAUAUGCAUAUGCAAGGAUGCCUUUGGAUAUGCACAGUGGCACCCAAUGCAUUUAACAUCUGGCAUAGGUACCCUAUAAGUAGAAGUUUACCCCUCAAUGCUGCUCUCCAUCAGUCCCACCCACCCUAUCCAUCCUAAAUCUCAAACUUAACACAGCAAAUCAAAAACUAGUUGGUAAUCAGUGGUGAGCGGAGUGAGCAGGGGUCAGUGCUGGGCCCACAAUAUUCAUGAUAUACUUACAUUGAUGUUUUGAAAGAGGGAACCAAGUGCAGUGCAUCUAAGUUUGCUGAUGACACUAAACUGAGUGGAAAAGCAAAUUGUGCAGAGGAUGCGGAGCGUCUGCAGAGAGAUGUAGAUAGGUUAAGUGAGUGGGCAAGGGUCUGGCAGAUCGAGUACAAUGUUGGUAAAUACAAGGUCAUCCAGUUUGAAAGGAAAAAUAGAAUAUCAGAUUUUUAUUUAAGUGGUGGACGUUUGCAGCAUGGUGUUGUGCAGAGGGACUUAGGAGUGCUUGUGCAUGAAUCACAAAAGGUUGGCUUGCAGGUGCAAUGGGUUAUCAAGAAGGUAAAUGGUAUUUUGGCCUUCAUUGCCAGAGGGAUUGAAUUUAAGAGCAGGGAGGUUAUGCUGCAACUGUACAGGGUACUAGUGAGGCUGCACCUGGAUUACUGCAUGCAGUUCUGGUCUCCUUACUUGAGAAAAGAUAUAUUGGCUUUAGAGACGGUUCACCAGGUUGACUCUGGAGAUGUGGGGUUAGCCUAUGAGGAGAGACUGAGUUGCCUGGGACUAUACUCACUGGAAAUCAGAAGAAUGAGUGGGGAUCUUAUAGAAACAUAUAAAUUUAUUGAAGAGAUGGAUAAGAUAGAGAUAGGUGAGACUAGAACUAGGGGACACAGCCUCAAGAUUCAGGGAAGUAGAUUUAGGAUGGAGAUGAGUAGGAAUUGCUUUCCCCAGAGAGUAGUGAAUCUGUGGAAUUCUCUGCCCAGGGAAGCAGUAGAGGCUCCCUCAUUAAAUAUAUUUAAGACACAGUUAGAUAGAUUUUUGCAUAUUAGGGGAAUUAAGGGUUAUGGGGAAAGGCAGGUUGGUGGAUCUGAGUCCAUGGCCAGAUCAGCCAUGACCUUACUGAAUGGCAGAGCAGGCUGACGGGCCAAAUGGCCUAGUCCUGCUCUGUAGAAGUUAGCAUAACGCUAUUACAGUGCCAGCGACCCGGGUUCAAUUCCAGCUGAUGUCUGUAAGGAGUUUGUAUGUUCUUCCCACGUCUGUAGGUUUCUUCUGGGUGCUACAGUUUCCUCCCACAUCUCCAAAGACUUAGGUUAGGAGCUGUGGGCAUG